AUGAGUAGUGUGGUUAAUAAAAGUGGUACACGUUUUGCUCCCAAACUUAAACCACGUUCUGUUCCUGCGGUUGCAAAUAAAGCUAAACCUGCACCACCAAUUCCAAAUCCUCCAAAACCUACGAAUAGCGACGACACUGCAGUUGCCGAUGAAAAUGAUGAGGACGACGAUGGUGAUGAGGAUGAGAGUGGAGAAGAUGAUGAAUUUGAUGAGUCUCGUGAAAACUCUCCAGAUAAAGGUGCUUUACCGGAUAAUGAAUCUACGCAGGUUUCCACAUCAUCUGCAAGUAAAUCCUCAGCACCGUUGCAAACCUCUACACAAUUAUCUAUACCAUCUUCUGCGUCUCAAAGGCGCCGUUCUAGCCGACUAGAUUCACUGAGUAACGCUUCAAACGGUAGACCUCUUUUUAAGCCAAACUUUGAAGAUUCUUCUGAUGAAGGCAGACUAUCAACUAUAUCUAAAAAUGCUCCCAAAAAAGUCAGAGCUACCACCAUACCGGAGAAGGAUGCCGCUUUACAGGCCUUGAAAAGACGCAGGAUGUCGGUUCGCUCUGUAGCCACCAAGAAACCAGGAUCUGCCAAAAGGAUUGGUAUAGUCUCUAAGAUAGACACUCCUGAUUCUGACGUGCAUACCGCAACUGCAAUUUCAGAUCCUGGACAAAAGAAAGAAUCGUCUGUUGAGCUGUUCCAGAGGACAGAUAGUCUCUAUGAGAAAUACACUAUAAGAAGCCUAAAGGAAAUCCCCAAAGAUAUUCAAGAUACUGAUUCAGAACGAUAUAUGAUAGACGAACAAGAAUUUACCAUGGCGGAAUUAUGCAAACCUAAAUUACCAAUUGGUACACCAUCUGAAAACUUUGAAAGGGCCAAACUAGCAGGAAUGAUAAAAUUUGAGAAAAGAAAGUCACGUAGAGAAUUGAGAAAAAGAGCAAGGGAAGAGUUCAAAUCUUUAAAAUCUUUGAAUAGAGAGGUAGAGGAAAAGGAGCUGGAAGACCGUAAAGAAGCUCGUGAAAAAUUGUUACAUACCGAAGUACCUGAAUUCUCGCAGUCACAAAGUGCCCUUCAAUUGAAAAUGGGUCAGGAUGGUAAGAUGAUCCUUGAUGAAGACUCUACAGUUGUGGAUAGACAUAGAAAUGCGACUUUUGAGAAUCGCCAAAAGGAAAGAGUUGACGAAAAUCCAUUCGAAAAUCUUUACAAUUCAAGCACUUAUGGUAGAAACGUUUACACUGAUCCGUGGACAACAGAAGAAUUGAUUAAACUCUAUAAAUCGCUUUCCAUGUGGGGGACAGAUUUCAAUCUGAUAGCGCAGCUGUUCCCUUACAGGACCAGGAAGCAAAUUAAGGCAAAAUUUAUCAAUGAAGAAAGGAAGCAUCCUGUGAUUGUUGAAUUAGCACUGCGAUCGAGGCUACCUGCAGAUUUUGACCAGUACUGUCUCGAUACAAAGAAGGAAAUUGGUACUGUUGUUGAAUUUAACGAGAAGCUGGAACAGAUCAAAAUAAGACAUGAAGAGGAAAUGAAAGAAAUCGAAGCCGCCAAGGCAAAUGCCAAAGAAGAAGACUCUAAGAAUGUUAAAACUGUAGGAGUUGUUGGUAAGAAGAGUUCAGGUGGGUUCAGAACUGAGGAAUUAAAGGCAUAUAGAAAGACAGAAGUCGUUCUCGGUACAAUUGACGACGUGAGGAGGAAGAAAGAAGAGGAAGUAGCUGAAGAAGCAUAA